GAGGAAGGCUGUGCUUCUCUGGUCUCAGCUCUGAGGUCAAACCCCUCACACCUGAGAGAGCUGGAUCUGAGUAACAAUGACCUGAAGGAUUCAGGAGUGAAGCUGCUCUCUGCUGGACUGGGGAAUCCCCACUGUAAACUGGAGACUCUGAGGCUGUCAGGCUGUCUAGUCACAGAGGAAGGCUGUGCUUCUCUGGUCUCAGCUCUGAGGUCAACCCCCUCACACCUGAGAGAGCUGGACCUGAGCUACAAUCACCCAGGAGACUCAGGAGUCAGACUGCUCUCUGCUGGACUGGAGGAUCCACACUGCAGACUGGAGAAACUCAAUGUGGAACAUGGUGGAGGGUACACAAUGAAACCUGGGCUUAGAAAAUAUGUCUGUGAUCUCACACUGGACCCAAACACAGUAAACAGACACCUCUCUCUGUCUGAGGAGAACAGAAAGGUGACAUGGAAGAUAGAGGAGCAGCCGUAUCCUGAUCACACAGAGAGAUUUGAGGGCUGGCCUCAGGUGCUGUGUAGAGAGGGUCUGACUGGGCGCUGUUACUGGGAGGUAGAGAGGAGUGGGAGAGGGGCUGAUAUAGGAGUGACAUAUAAAGGAAUCAGCAGGAGAGGAAGGGGUAAUGACUGUGUUAUUGGAUCCAAUGACAAGUCCUGGAGUCUCUUCUGCUCUGACAAAACCUUCUGCUCCUGUCCUUUGGCUCGGACCUUCUUCCUCCUUCAGAUGUUCUCGGGGCCCUGCUCUCCGUCCCUCCAGUCGCUCAUCCAUGGCUCCCACUCUGGGAGAUGCUUGCAGUGGGAGAGAUGA